AUCACAACAUUUCAAAACACUAUAAUUUCCUUCUUUGUAAACCUUUCACUUGUAAGCUCUACUUCACGGCCGGUCAUACUGCGACUCGAAAGUUUGAUCUGGUCGUUUAGUAGCAGUGAUUACGUAAAUUUGAGAAUCCAAAGCUUGCAUUCUAUCGUAUUUUAAAAAAAACAAAAAACAAAAGAAACUUGCAUAUUUUCCUUAUCAAAAAACUAAUAUAUUUCAAGUGUAAAUCUUUUUCGGGUGUUUUUGGAAAUGGAAGCUAUAACAAGAAUUGUAUCAGACAAAGGUGUUGUGAUAUUCAGCAAGAGUUCAUGUUGUAUGUGUUAUGCAGUUAAGAUUCUGUUUCAUGAUCUUGGUGUUAAUCCUAAGAUUCAUGAAAUUGACCUUGACCCGCAAGGAAGAGAGAUCGAGAAGGCUUUAAUACGUCUAGGGUGUAACACUACUUCGGUACCUGCCGUCUUUAUCGGUGGUAGCUUAAUUGGGUCGACCAACGAAGUCAUGUCGCUUCAUCUUGGUGGCUCUUUGGUUCCAUUGCUUAGAGCUUUACAUUAAGUAAACAAACCUAAGAUUGAGACAAAGACCCAGAAGAUUUCUUUCUAUAGUGUGUACUAUAUAUUCGAGUUAACUUGUAUGUACUCAAAACCCAAGCAGUUUUGAGUACGAGUUUAGUAUCUAAUAUUCUAUGGUUGUAAGUGCCUAAGUGUCUUCUUAUUAAUUAAAUGUAUGACUAUCAAUUGUAAUCGAUCUUUUCGUCUUUCGUUAAUGAAAUCGCAACUAGUUAAUGGCUUA